UAAUUAUUUUAGUUUUUUCAAUAAAUCAUUUGGUUCUCCAAGAUCGACCAUUCGGAACUAAUUUAUAUAUCAUUUUUAGCAUCGAUCGACUCUAGUACUGUAGCCCCUAUAUCAUUAGUGAAGAAGCUAUGAAGCCAGUAACUGUGUCUCUGUCAAUUGCGGUAGUCCUUCUGAUGCUCGCAUCGGUAAACAGUCGAAGGUCCAGAUUCACGAAUCUCAAGUGCAGCAGUUUUGAUCCCGAAUUUGCAAAGUUUGAGAGGUGCAAACUAAAAGUCAUUGGCAGAGGAGUUGUCUCCGCCAAUGUAUUUAUAUUAAUGCUGAAGCUGCCGAUUGAUAAUAUAUUCAUCAACUGGAGCGGUUGGCGACGUUAUAAUACCUUCCAGCCAUUUCUAUUCAAUUCCACUUGCGAUUUCUGUCAUCUUUUAGCAGCUCGGAAUAAACUGUCAUUCGAGUACCUGGUGCUGGGAGCUAUUCAAUCGAGAUCCAAUGUUAAUCAUACUUGCCCCUACAAUCACAAUAUCAUUGUGGAUAACUUGGUGUUCGAAGAUGGGUUCCUGAAGACGCUGCCGCUGCCCCAAGGCGAGUACAAGCUUCAGUUGCGCUUUGGCACCAACAAAGUGUGGAAACUAAUGGUGGAGAUAACCUUUCAGCGGGAUGAAUAAUGCCCGAUGAUCGUAAUAAA